GUGACCGGAUUGGCUUCCGGCGUUGGAGGGGGUGUGGCCUGAGCUGGCCCCUCCUCUCAUUCCUCUUACCGGCCGGUGGUGUCGGCGGCGGCGGUGACUGGCAGCGGAGUGAUGGCGCCGGCGCUGGACAGGCCCGGGUACUGGGGACCCCCGACCUCCACCCUGGAGUGGUGCGAGGAGAACUACGCAGUGUCCUUCUACAUCGCCGAGUUCUGGAACACGGUGAGCAACCUGAUCAUGAUACUACCUCCAAUAUACGGAGCUAUCCAGACUGUAAAAGAUGGCCUGGAAACCAGAUACCUCGUGGCCUAUCUUGGUAUAGCCGCUGUCGGGAUGGGGUCCUGGUGGUUUCACAUGACGCUACAGUAUGAAAUGCAGCUAUUGGACGAACUGCCCAUGAUCUACAGCUGCAGUGUCUUUGUUUACUGUCUAUUUGAAUGUUUCAAGAACAAAAAUUCCUACAAUUAUUUGCUGCUUGUUCUAUUAAUUCUCUUCAGUUUAAUAGUAACCACAGUUUACUUACGCUGGAAGGAGCCAGUAUUUCACCAGGUUAUGUACGGCCUGCUGGUUAUGUUUCUCGUGCUCAGAUCUGUGUAUAUAGUUACCUGGGUGUACCCGUGGCUGAGGGGUCUUGCUUACACCUCCUUAGGGGUCUUCUUAAUUGGAUUUUUACUCUGGAAUGUUGACAACAUUUUCUGUGAUACCUGGAGGGGUCUGCGGCAGAAGAUGCCCCCGGUACUCGGGGCCGUGACACAGUUUCAUGCCUGGUGGCACAUACUGACCGGAUUAGGGUCCUACCUGCACAUAUUAUUCAGUUUAUACACACGGACCCUGUACCUUAGAUAUCGGCCAAAGGUGAAGUUCAUCUUCGGGAUGUGGCCGGUGAUCAUAGUGGAGUCUCCUAAGAAACGCUGACAGGUUGAGGCCUCAGAACCACACACAGACAUUCCUCGAUGGUCCCGACAAGCCGGUAACACUGGGACUCGCUAACUCCGACGUUCUAUGCAGCGAAAACGGACUACAGAUACAAGCAUUGCUGUAUUUACAGUACACCUGUGUCCGUGUUCCUGUGCGUGUAGGGCGCACACUAAUAUACAGAGGUAUUAUAAACCAUUGCACUGGUACUGCCAACUAGACGGACACUGCCCCUUCAUGGAAUCGUCUGUCGUCGCCAGAACUCUGAGGCGUUACUGCUGGUGUAUCGCGCACCCAAUCUUUUCUCCUUUUUAGUUUUUUUGUUAUUUUAAUAGGACCUCUACGCAGUUCUGUAAUACCAUUGCUUUGUCUCUGGGCCAUAUUAAAAAUGCACGUGUAAUAGCCUGCAGUGUUACACACUCCUGAGCACGUUAACGCACAAUCUUUAUUAUCUCAUUGGUUGUUCUCGGUGGAGGUGAAACCGGGCACCAGAGAGACGUUCGGUUAUUAAGGUUGAUUUGAACUUCUUAACUGGGGGCCAGAUACACUGUUAUUAUGGUGCGUUGGACGUGCCGAGUGCGGCUUGUUCUGAAAAGGAGAUUACAGCACAUGUAUUCACGUCUGCGGGUGUAACGCUGAGAUAAUAGCAUUCUGUGGUCACUGGCUAUUUCACCUGGCAUUAAAGUAACAGAAACUGAAGGUGUUCUCGCCUAAUAUGGGACGUUUUGAUGGAUACAUACGAUGUGUGCUUAGCAACAGUGCCUAACUUAUUUUCUUAAUAAAUUUUGUGCCUAUCCUUUUA